CCCCCCAGUAAGCCGUCGCCAUGGUAGACUCGGGCCUUCUUUCGCUGCCCAAGCCCCGGCUUGGCUGGUUCGGCGCCUCCGCCGCCCUGGCCUUGUUGGCUGUGCUGGGCACUGCCGCGGCUUGGCGCUGGUGGCGACGGAGCCGCCCUCGGGGCCAGCUGCGGCUGAAGCGGGUGGGGACGGUGUCGGGCCUCUUUAUCUAUCCGAUCAAGUCCUGUCGGGGGGUGGCCGUGGAACGGGCCGAGGUGACCAAGCUGGGUCUCCGGAGCGGGGACAUGAGCGACAGGUGUUGGCUUGUAAUAAAGGAAGAUGGGCAUAUGGUGACUGCUCGACAAGAGCCUCAGCUUGUGUUGAUUUCUGUUACUGGUGAAAAUGGUGGCCUAACUCUGAGUGCUCCAGAAAUGAGUGACCUUCAUAUUCCUGUCAGGCCACCAACCGAAAACCCAGUCCAUAACUGCAGGCUGUUUGGCACUGAUAUCCAAGGCAAAGACUGUGGAGAAGAGGCAGCUCAAUGGAUCACAGCCUUCCUGAAGUCAGAACCAUACCGUUUAGUUCACUUUGACCCAAAUAUGGUUCCAAGGAAUUCCAAAGAUUUCUUUGACACUUUUCAAGCAGAUGAUAAGAUUGUCUACCCUGAUUGUAGUCCAGUUAUGGUACUCUCUGAAGCUUCAUUAGGAGAGCUAAAUUCCCGAUUAGAGAAGAAAGUUCAAAUACGUAACUUCAGGCCAAACAUUCUGGUCACAGGCUGUAGCCCUUACGAAGAGGAUACCUGGAAUGACAUUGUAAUUGGUGAUGUAGAAAUGAAAGGGAAAAUGGGCUGUCCCAGGUGUAUUUUUACUACUAUUGACCCAGAUACUGGGAUCAUGGACAGAAAGGAGCCUCUUGAAACCUUGAAAAGUUAUCGCUUGUGUGAUCCUUCUGAACAGCGUAUCUACAAAUCACACCCUCUCUUUGGGUGGUAUUUUGGAAUUGAUAAAACAGGAACGCUUCGAGUUGGAGACCUUGUGUACAAGAUAACCUGGUGAUGUAAAUGCCUCCUAAGUGGAAAGUACUUUUUUGUAUGUUUGAAGUGCCUUUUGUGAAAACUGUGAUUGAAAUAAUUGUUCAGCUGCCUUUCUACUGAAUAUUUCCUAUUUUACAUUCAGCAAUAAUGUAUAUAAUAUUUUAUUGUACUGUGCAGUUUUAAUUAAUGAAAAGAUCAUGGAGUUUGAAGAGAGCAAAUUAUUACAAUAGUAAUCCUAUACAUAUUUACAUGGGGGUAAAUUCCAUUGAUGUCAAUAGGAUUUACUUCUGGGUAGACAUGUAUAGGAUUGUACUUUAAGGGUGCAAUCCUAUGUAUGUUUAAACAGGAAAAAAGUCCUAAAACUCCCAGCAUUCCCCCAGAUAGCUAGCUGGGGAAUUCUGGGAAUUACAGGAAUUUUUUUCUGUGUAAACAUGCAUAGGAUUGCGUCUUAAGUGAUCUGACUUGGGAAAUACUAUUUGAAUGUAUUUUUUAUACACACUUUCCCCCCAGAUUCUCAAUAAAUGUUUGUCUACAAUCCUGUUUUGUAAAAUCUCUUUUAUAACUGCUGAUAAACUAAAUUAUAUAUAAUGUAGUCUUUAUAGCUUAUGAACUUGGUAAAAGGAUGUGGUGUCCUUCCUUGUUGGUGUUUUCUUCACAGCCAGAUUUAUUUCCAUUCAUAAAAGGGAUAAGUAAACCAUAAGGCAAGCUUCAAACUUAGUAGGAAUACUUAAUAAUCUUCCAUAAGUAUGUAGAAUUAAGUAUCUAAAGGCUUACACAUAUGCAACUGGCCUUCAAACACAUACCAUUUAUAUUUGUUUUAUACUCUAUCAGAGAAAAGGCUUAAAUCUGUUUGACUUAACUCUUCUGUAAACACUUACCUCGAACUUUGUCACAGUUGCCCAAGUCAUACCUAAUGAUUAACUAUGGGUUAAACAAUCCAUAGUUAGUUGGGGGCUGUGUGGUAGCAUGUGUGUGCUGCCCCCACUCCCCAUUCUGCUUUGCAUCUGCUUUCAUAAAUAACCCAGGAAUGCCCCAUACUUGGGUUGUUUGAUAUCUACUUUGAGGCAAUAGUAGUAUAAUUCCCAGAAGAUUGUCAGUGAGAGAGGGAAGUAAUCACGGAACUGAGUUUUUGAAUAUAAUUGCUUUUUUCUUUCUUUUCAAAAGCAGAAGUUAAUGUAGCUUGAAAAAACUGAUUUCAAUGUAAUUAAAUAGGCAAAUAAGCAUUUAUAUACAUGUUUAUGCACUUGCAGUCCAUAAGGGACUUAUUUUGAACUAGCCAAGCCAUAUUCCAAUAAAAG